CUUAUGUUAUCAUAAGCACCCAAGCACUAUCCUCCAAACGUCACAAACGUGGGCCUUGCACUCAAAAACAGUGUAGGCAGUUUUUGCAGCAUGUAAGCUGACACGUAUACCGUAGUUUUCAAGAUUUCACAGAAAGACUCUCAGAGAUCAGCUGCAGUGAGCUCAGUUUCCUGUCCUACUCACAGCAGCAGCGGCCGAGGAAGUGAAUAAGAAGAUGCUGCGUUUAUUGAUUGUGGUUUUGAUUCUUCAAGGUGCAGCUGCAGCAUCAGACGACACAGAAGGAAACACUUCAGGAGAUCCCAGUGAUGAUGAGGACGAGGAGGCUGUAUCCGUAAAUUCAAGACAAGGUGUUUUUGAAGCUCCUGAAGAAGAUCCUGGAUCAGAUCAAUCCAAAGGAGACAAUGAAUCUGGAGAUGGAAUGCUGAUAAUAAUCAUCGCUGCUGUUAGCGUCGCUGUUCUGGCUAUUGGCAGUAUUGCAGCUAUUUUCCUUCUCAGACGCCACUUGCAAAGCCGAGAACAGGGGGUUUAUUCUGUGCCAGCGGAACAAGGACACAAAGCUGCUGUCUAACCAUCAGGGCCUUUUCAUAUCUCCUCUCCACUGGAUCCUUCAGGGACGUGCUGAACGCAUGCGAUUUCUCAUCCAAAAAUCUCUUUCUUUAAAUAUAUAGCCAAUUCUAUAACGACAGAUGAGAAUGUAUCGCUCUCGUGAAUUCUCAAAGAAUAGUUUUAAAUGCACAAAGUGCGCCAUUUAUGCACACAUGCCAUAUGUCGCACUCACAAAGUCCUUGAACUGUGCUCCUAUUCACCUGCAAUGUUUAUUUCUUUAUUUAAAUCCAGGCUCGAAGGUGAAGUGUGUAAUAUGUUCAGCCUUUUAGACAUAAGUAAGCCAUUCAUGGUUGUUUUUUUCCACAUGAAAAGUAUAAACAAA